AUGGCGUGCCGCAUGAUGAAAAAUAUUCUCGAGAGCCACAAAAUAUCCGAACCAAAAUGUAACUAUGAUUCCAACUCAAUACACAUCGUUUUAGCAAUAUCAAGGCAAUUUCAGUGUGGAACACCGAAAAGAAGUAUCAGUCUUGCUGCACCUUUACAAAAUUUUUAA